AUUGCUACAUCGAGGCCCGGCCCCAAAGAGCCUCUCUUUACCACGAAUCACAGAAAGCAAGCAAACGCAAGGCCAGCAUCGGAGAGGAAAAGCCUUUAAUGCUCCAAGAUGCAAGCUGUUUAUUGCUGCGGAAGGGCCCUUGUCGGUAAUUCCAAGAAGACAUUUCAAUAUGGUUUGAAGUCAAAUAUUUCAAUCAGAUCAAUUUUUCAUGCAAAAAAGUAUUCAACAAUUCCAGAUGACACAGAUUUAGUUGUAAUUGGCUCUGGGCCAGGUGGUUAUGUUGCAGCCAUCAAAGCAGCACAACUUGGAAUGAAGACUGUUUGUGUUGAGAAAAAUGACACACUUGGUGGAACUUGUUUAAAUGUUGGGUGUAUCCCUUCUAAGGCUCUUCUGAAUAAUUCCCAUCUUUACCACUUGGCAAUGACAAAUGAUUUUGAGAACAGGGGAAUCAUGAUUGGAAAGCCUACUCUAGACCUUGAUAAAAUGAUGGCUCAAAAGUUGGAUGCUGUGAAAGGCCUGACAAGUGGGAUUGCAUAUCUCUUUAAGAAUAAUAAAGUAGUGCAUGUUCAGGGACAUGGAAAGAUUACGGGACCUAGCGAGGUAUCAGUAAUGAAGAGAGAUGGCAGUGAAGAGGUGAUAACGACAAAGAACAUAAUGAUAGCAACUGGCUCUGAAGUUACUCCAUUCCCUGGCAUUGAGAUAGACGAGGAGACGAUUGUGUCAUCCACUGGAGCUCUCUCAUUGAAAAAAGUUCCAGAGAGAAUGCUGAUCAUUGGUGCAGGAGUAAUUGGUCUGGAACUGGGCUCAGUUUGGCAGAGGCUAGGCUCGAAAGUUACUGCAGUCGAAUUUAUGAGCAACGUUGGCGGUGUUGGGAUUGACCUUGAAAUCGCAAAAAAUUUCCAAAGAAGUUUAGGAAAACUCGGAAUGAAGUUCAAGCUGCAACACAAAGUAACAGGUGCAACAAGAACCGAAAAUGGAACCAUAAACGUCAGUAUCGAAAGCGUUAAAGAUGGCUCAAAGAAAGAAGAGAUGGAGUGUGACGUUCUUCUUGUAUGUAUCGGUAGAAGACCUUAUCUUGAUAAUAUUGGCCUCGAGGAACUGGGUAUCGAGAAAGAUGAGAAAGGAAGAGUGAAAACGAAUUCAAGGUUUCAGACAAAUGUACCAUCAGUUUACGCAAUUGGUGACUGUAUUGAUGGUCCCAUGCUGGCACACAAGGCUGAAGAUGAAGGUAUCAUAUGCGUCGAGGGUAUUGCUGGGUCUCCAGUUCACAUAGACUACAACUGUGUUCCCUCAGUCAUUUAUACGCAUCCGGAAGUCGCAUGGGUUGGUAAAAGUGAAGAGCAACUCAAAAGCGAGGGAAUCAAAUACAAAAUUGGGAAAUUCCCCAUGUCUGCGAACAGUCGUGCUAGAACUACAAACGAUGCUGAGGGAAUGGUUAAAGUUCUUGCAGAUAAAGAAACGGAUCGUAUACUGGGAGUGCACAUGAUUGCAUCCACUGCUGGAGAAUUAAUCAACGAAGCUUGUCUCGCCAUGGAAUACGGAGCUUCGGCCGAAGAUGUCGCUCGUGUAUGCCACGCCCAUCCGACCGUGGCAGAAGCACUACGAGAAGCAAACAUAGCUGCAUAUGCUGGGAAGCCAAUUAACUUUUGAAAAAUUGCUUAAGGAAUUAGAUCUCAAUGUUUUGAAUGUUUAUACAGUAAAUAAGUGUUUUUGUUUAUAUCCUUGCAAGAUUUAAAAUUAUUGUGAAAGAUGCGCCCGCUUAAAUGAUGAUUAUUUAAAGCAUUACAGAAUACUUUCUCUCGUUUGUCAUUUUGUUGGUAAAAAAAGAUGCCGUGUGCUAGGUAAUCAUUAUUCAAUGUUCUUCUUUCUCUCUCAAACUUUAUUAUUUAAUUAAAUUCAAGUUGCAGAAAGAAAUUUACAAAGUACCACCACAUGGAGAGUGGAAUAAUGUAGAUGCAUAAAUGGAUAAUUUGUCUGAGGCUAUAAUACAUUGUUGGCAAGUAAUGAGUGAUGUUAUUUUGGCUGCUUGAUUUAGUUGAAUAGAAAUAUUUAGCAGUUUGAAGCAUAGUUGUCAAAAAAAAAAUUUGAGGGCCAUCUCUAUCUGGUGAUAGUGACCCUCAAGAUAAUUACCUAACGCUGGAAUGAAUAAUGAUAAUAUUGUUAAUUUUCA